AUGCUGUUCGUCAAGAACCUGGCGGCCGUUGCAUUCGCCUCGUGCAGCCUCGCACGAACGCUUCCAUCAGGACUCAAGCCACGCCAGGAUGUAUCCUUUACCAAUCCGGAGUACAUUUGCGGCGAUAUAAUCAAUUAUGUGAACCAAGGCAAGACAUACUUUUUGGCAUCAGAUGUGUAUAGAUGUCUAAACAGCGUACCUUUCAAUUCUGCAGUUGCCACGCGCUUCGUCAAGUACUGGAAUGAAACGAUACAGUUCCAGUCAACCCUUGCGUACCUCAAAAAUCCCCCCGAGGGAUACCAACAACCUGCAGUCGAUGUUCUAGCAGAAGUUCAGAGGAUACAACAGAAGGUUGAUGCGAACCUGUAUUUGAAUCAAUAUGAGUUCGAAGCAGAAUUUCAGCUUUUGGUAUAUGCCAUGCGCGACUCCCAUGUUUCGUUGAACGCAGGCAUUCUCUCGGCUUUCACAUUCGCGAGCCCGAUCGAGAUCGCUUCUGUUUCAGUAGAUGGAAAACAAGAACCUCGAGUUUAUAUCACUGAUGACAUUUUGGAUUCCCAAACUGAAGGCUGGGAACCUUCUGCAAUAACCAUGAUCAAUGGUACCGAAGUCAAUGAGUUUCUGAAUCAUUUUGCCACUCUCAAUUCAUGGGAGUUUGCCGAACCUCAUGCUGAAUGGAACUCUCUGAUGUCAAACCCGGCGCUGGAUAUACAGGGAUCACUCACCACGUUCUCCGGAGGCGCUACUUUCUACCCUGGCGACGACCUUACGUUCACUUUUGAGAAUGGCACCACAUACGACACAUAUUGGGUGGCAAUUUACAGUGGGUUUGCAAAUGAAACUGGUCCUUUGACAACGGGAGGCGACUUCUACAACUACUUUGUUCUCGGCCUCUUACCUGCGUCAUUUGAUAACACCUCACCGGACUCAGAAUCAGACCCAUCCUCUGAAGAAUCACCCGAAGAAGAAGCUGAUUCACCAGCAUCAGUCACAAACUGGACUGAAGAUAGUUUUGGUGCAUUCCCCGUCGCCAAUAUUGUACAGCCUGAUCUAGGUCUGUUCGGUACAGGAGUAGUGACCGGGUACUUUUAUAAUGACAUCUCGACUGGCGUCCUUAGUCUUCCCACAUUUGAUAUCGUUGCAGAUUCUAUAGGAGACUACAUCCAAACAGUGAGUGAUUUUAUCGGAAAUGCGUCAGCUGCAGGUCUACAAAAAGUUGUUAUCGACCUCCAGCAGAAUUCUGGUGGAGCCAUCUUUCUCCCGUUUACCAUCUUCAAGAGCUUUUUCCCCGACCUGACUCCAUUCGCUGGAAGCCGUCGACGAAGCUUUCCCUUGGCAAACGUGAUUGGCACUACCGUAUCGGAUGGUUGGGCAAGUACCGAUGAUGAAUGGUUCAAGAAUUAUCUAUUGGCCGACGAGUGGGUCAUCAACGCCAAAUUGAACGCUGCCACUGGAAGAAACUUCUCAGGGUGGCCUGAGUAUCAAGGACCGAUUGAAGCGAAUGGGGAUACUUUUUCACUCACAGAGAGAUACGAUCUUGCCAAUGAAAACUUCGAUGCGGCUGCCUUUGGGUGGAUUCCCCGAAUGUAUCUGGCCGACGCUGUAAACAACGACACGCGCCCAUGGAACCCAGAUCAAAUAGUCCUCCUUACAGACGGUCUAUGUGCAUCCGCUUGCGCAUUGUUUGUAGAGAUGAUGACCCGCGCUGGUGUCCGUACAGUUGUUGCAGGAGGUCGACCAACUACUGGCCCUAUGCAAGCAGCCUCUGGCACUCGUGGCGCGACAUCCUACGAUGCAGACAGCCUGGAUACAGACAUGGAAAGUGUCAAAUCUUCACCAAUUUAUGACAGGACGAAGUCGAUCGCUACGGUCCCCGAUGUGCGCGACCAAGGCAUGUACGUUUUGUACAUGGGCGUCAAUCUCCGUGACCAGGUGCGGGCAAAGGAGACCACACCACUACAGUUCGAGUACGAAGCAGCCGACUGUCGCAUCUACUACACAAUGAAGAACUUGUACAACAUGACACAGCUAUGGCAUGAUGUCUCUGCCGCUGCCUUUGUAGACUCAUCACUUUGCGUCCAAGGCUCAACUGGCUUCUCAACCACGAACAACACCAACCCGUCCCCACCUCCCGAGCGGGUAGCCCAAAAGCCGAUUCUGGAGUUGGACAUUAAGAUUGAUGAAGCAUUAAAGGGCGAGGCAGCAAUAGAGCCGGAUUUGCACUUUGUUCUCCAGCAGGGACAUGUCAACCAACCUAUAGUUGCCACAAAGCUAUGAUACUUUGUCCUGGAGAAAAUACGCCGAUCAAGAGGCCGGUAUGCUUGCCAAAUUGCUCAACCUCGGUCAAGGGACAAAGUUGCGGUGGAACCUGUCAACCCGUGGCCCAAAACGACGCCAAGGUUGUUCUGAAUAGACAAUUCAACUUGAAGGAGAAGAUGACAGUUGGGGUAUGUUACCCAAAACCCGGUACAAGAGCGAAAACGUGCUCGCUUUAGACGCAAGAGAGGGAAGGCGGUCUUGUUGUUCGGCGAUUUGUCUAGUAAUCUUAAUCUUCUCAUAAUAACCACGAAACAUCAUGAUGUCACGCA